AUGGCAGCUGGCGCCAAGGCUCGACGAUGUGUGGGCGCACGGUGGUUCUUACUUCUUUUGGAGGUGCUGGUGCUGGUGCAGUCGUUGAUGAGAUCCAACAUGGUGUCCGCGGCCCCUGCAGAGCACCGGGCUGUUUUGGUUACCAUGUGCAACUUCAAAUACUUUCCUGGGGCAGCCAAUGUGCUGCACAGUGCUCGUGUCAAUGGCUGGACCGGGGAGCUGAUGGUUAUCGUCGACGCCAGCGUUCCUCGCUGUGCUCGGGACAUUUUGACUCACAUUGGCGCCACGGUUGUGCCUCUCUCGAAGCAAUGGGUCGGCAUGCGCUAUGGGUCCAACAAGCAGACCACUGUCCACUUUGGCAAGCUUGACUUGCUUACCGAUCCGCUUUUUCGCCGCUUCGAUGACAUCCUCUACAUGGACGCUGACAUGCAGGCUGUCACCAACCCAGAGGCCAUCUUGGCUUUGGCUCCCACGCAGCCUGCUGCCUUUGUGCGAGUUGGCAAUCCCGAGGUUCGCUUUUAUCGCGAGUCGGCCAAAAGCGUGCCUCUGGAACUCCAACAGCGAUUCCCGGACCGGGCCCGCGUUUACUCUACGCGCCUCAUGCUUUUUCACACAAGACUCUUGCCCGAUGUGGCCACGAUGCAAAGCACGGUGCAUGAACUCUUGGUGUCGGCCACCGACUACUUUGACGCCAUGUUUGAGCAAGGCCUGCUGCAGCUGCUCUUUUAUGACACGGUGGGCGACGUCCCGGCCGCCUGGCUCAACGACCGCGUGCUCCACUUCUACAGCCAGUCCUUGCCCUGGGUGCCCGGUAGUCCACAUUUUGCCAAAUUUGCCGUGACCUACGAGUCCAUGACCAGUGAUGUUGCCUGCUUGCGCAACGCCACCCAUGCUCCUACAGCCUGA